AAGCGCUCCCUCACAAUGCCAUAACAUCUUUGGAGUCUCCUGGCCCUUUGGCCUGUUCAAAUGGAUGAAGUAAAGUCAAACAGUUUGGACGACAGCGAAGAUCACCAGUCCAACACGUUCCGAAUUUUUUCAUACAAAGUCAAGAGGUGUUCACGCAGCAGGCCCCAUGACUGGACACAGUGCCCCUUCAGCCACUCAGGCGAGAAAGCAAAGCGGAGAGACCCCAGGCGGUUUGCCUACACGGGAGCGGCCUGCCCAGACUACCGAAAGAAUGCCAGCUGCCGUCGAGGGGACAAAUGCCCAUUUGCGCACGGCGUGUUCGAGAGCUGGCUGCACCCCUCUCGCUACCGCACGCAGUGCUGCACGGAUGGCGUUGCGUGCAAGCGCCGCGUGUGCUUCUUCGCCCACCAGGAAUCGGAGCUGCGGAAGCCCGAGGACGAUCCUGCCUUGCUUGCAGCGCAGCUGCAAGCGGAGGCCCUCGCAAGCACGGAAACGUAUCAGCAGAUCUUGGCCUCAGCAAGCCUGGACUCGGUGCCAGAGGCACUUCCUGCAAGCAAUGCCAACCCACAGCUGAACCUUGCGAUCCUGCAGUCGCUGCUGCAGAACAACGGCGCAGCUGCGCAGCGGCUGCCGAUUAACUGGGCUGUGGACGGCGAAUCUCAGGAGCGCGGCCGCAUGUACCAGCUGCAGGCUCUGCUGGCUGCUCUGCAGCUGCGGGCACCUGCCCCGCUGCCGCCGCAGCCCGCGCACAGUGACGCGCUCAGCAACCUGGACAGGAUCGAGCUCGGUCGCCUGCUGGCCGCCAACCAGGCACUUGUGCAGCAGCAGGCGGAGCGUGAGAUGCUGCAGCGGAGCUCGUUUGAGGCGGUGCGGCGCAACAGCAUGUCAUCUGACGCCGGCAUGGGCUCAGACCUGGGCCGCCAAGACUCCUACUUGAGCCACAGCGGUGUUGGCUUGCCCAACAAUGGCGAUGGUGGGUACGGGGACGGCAGAGGGAACGCGCGCAACAACUUCUCGCCUGGCGUUCGCCGCAUGUCCAUGGACAACGCAAGAUCCCAGAUCAACGGCAGCGCCGGCCUGGACCCGAGGAUUCUGGCGGCGCUGGCGGCGGCGCAGAGAGUGAACGCCCCGGGAGGCCAGCCCCAGGGCAGGAAUACCGCGGCGUACAGGCGCUCGGUCGACAUGGGCAUGCUGGCGCACGCGGCGGCGAUGGGCGGAGCCGGCCGCCACGGAGGGAACAGCGCCGGCUUCCCCAAGCAGUUUGGCGAGCAGACCUCCAUUCCCGAGGGCAGCCCGGGCAUUGAGUCCAGCGCGCAGCCGCAGCAAGAGGCUACGGCCCUCGCAAAUGCCUUCAACCAGGGCCCAGGGGUGAUCGAUGGCUUCAUGGCAGGCGCGCGGCAGCCGCCGGGCAUGGAGCAGCUGAUUGGGCUCGCCCCCGCAGACCAGGCCGCACUCAGCGCCAGCGUGCUUCAGAGCCAGGACUCCCUUGGCAACUUCCAGCGUGCACCGAGCGGCUACGGCAGCGCCCAGAUCAACGGGCAGAGCCAGGAGGUGCGGAGGUAUCUGGAGCAGCUGGGCGGGCAGCACUCGGGUCAGCUGACAAGGCAGGCGUCGGAUAUGAGCACGCAGGGCAGCGGGCACUUUGCUUUGUCCGGGCUGGGCAGCUUCGGGCACUUUAUCAGCGAGGGCUCCGGCCCGCUCAGCAGCCUCGGGCAGGCCUCCAGCGGCCUGGGCAGUUUUGGGCAGCCUCUGCCGCAAGCCUCCGGACACAUCGGCCCCAUGCAAAACCACAUUGGCCAGCCGCGUUACAGCCCGGCCCGGCACUCGUUCAGCUCGGCAGACAGCCUUGGCCGCCUCUCGGACGUGCAGCAGCAGCAGCAGCAGGCACACAUGGAGGAUGCGAUCAACAACGGGGGCUGGGGGGGCGCCCCCAUGACUGAGGGGGGAGACCCCCAGCCCCGCGGGGGGUACCAGGGGAACAACGCCGGUGGGCCGCCGGCGGAGAGGGGCUUGGCAGCUUCCCUGCUCCACCCUGAGGAGGGCGCCAGGGCUGGUGAGGAGCAGUACGUUGGCAGUGGCAGCUCCACGCCGUCCCGCGGGCCACCCACACCCGGCGUCGCGCCGCAGCAUGGGAUGAUGUCACCGCGCGAGCAGCCGCCAUCCAUGCACAGCUCCCUCUAUGCCAGCUCCCCGGCCUCCCACACCACCACUUACGAGACCAGCCCCAUGAGCAUGGCCAUGGGUCUGACUGGGCAGCCGCCCAUCCCAGAGGAGGGCCCCGGCUGGCCGCACACCCUGCAGCAGCAGCAGCAGGCCGCGUCUGCUGGAGCGUGCCAUGCGCGCAGGAUGCCCACUCUCCUGGAGCAGCUGCAGCUCUAUGAGCGCCAGCGCCACAGCUCCAUGCCCCACUUCCACGCGCAUGCCUCGCUGGCAAUGGCCCGUAACACCUCCUUUGAGAGCCUGUCCGCGGAGCUGCCGAGGAGCAUCUCCGACAUGAAUCUGGCAGACCACAAUCUCGGCAGCGCGCGCAUGCCUACUAGCAUCCCCGCCAGCAGCACCUGA